GAUGAGUGAGUCUGUGACAGUAGAAGUGAAGUUUUUGGAAAAAGUGGACCCUUGCCUUUUGGCUGAUCAUUUGUGGUUUCAGGGUGGGUGAAAACGGAGUUGGUUGCUGUGGAAUUGGUGAGGGUAACCAGAAGUGGUCAUGUGAUAGUUGUUUGUUUCUGUUUGUCUGAUGGAGAAGGCGCUCCGCGUUUUAAACGAAUGGGGGGCAAGGAUUGUGAAUUGUUUUGCGCUCACGAAAAGGGCGCAAUUGAAAGUGUGAUUAAUCGGGUAGCAGUAAAUGUAAAAGUUGACCAACUGAAGGGGAAUAUUUUUAGCAUUUAUAGCAAUGGUUAUCAACUGUACUGCAGGGAUGGAACGUGAGUCGCAGGAAUUAGGGGUUGUGGUGGCAGCUGCAGAGAGGUAUUUGGGUGUGCGAGACUUAACAUCAGAAGAGUUGCAGGGUUAAGUGGUGGUGUCCCAUCCUUUCAGGUUGUUGACAUAAAGUACGACUAAAUAGAUUUAAAUAGUGGAGUAUGGUGGUGUUGUUUUUGUAGUGUAGUGUUAGAAGGUAGGGUAUUCAUAAGGGAGUUAUACUCCAGUCUAAUAGGUGGUGGUAAUGCAACAUUUAUUGGAUGCCAACCGCAGUUAAACCUAAUCGAAGAAGUAUAAUUGACGAUCACCAUUGGGCGGUGGCUGUUUCUUUAACAAAGAAAGCUGCGGGCUGGAUUUAGACAAUGUCGGUUAAGCCGGACCUGAACACGACCUUACCAGUCAGACAGACAGCAUCUAUCUUUAAACAGCCUGUCACCAAGGUGACCAAUCACCCUAGCAACAAAGUGAAGACAGACUCCCACAAGGCUGUCGACCAACCAAGACAGCUGUUUUGGGAGAGGAAGCUGAGUGGUCUGAGUGCGUUUGAAAUUGCAGAAGAGCUGGUGAAAACCAUGGACCUUCCCAGGGGCCUAAAGGGUGUUGGGCCUCUGUGUUCAGACAAGACCUUGCUCUCAGCAAUCUCCAGCGCCCUCCCCAACCCUGUCACUGGUCAGCUGAACACAGCUGUGGAGAAGAACCCUGUGGUAUGGCUCAAGCCGCUCUGCAAGGCCUUCAUGGUUACCGAUGACGACGUCCGGAAGCAGGAGGACCUGGUCCACAAUGUGAGGAGGCUGGAGGAAACUCUGAUGGCGGACAUGUUGGUUCACAUAGGAAUCCACCAAUAAGGCAGAUGCUCUGAAGAAGGCGCAAACCAAGCAGGAGGACAAGGAGGGCGUAUAGCCAA